UAAAGUUGCACAUGGUUUCUGUCUGAGGAAGUUUAACUUCUCAGGCUCUGGAUGUGAGAGGGAUGAUACUAGAAAACUGUAGGCCAACGCACAUGUUCAGAACUUCCUAUAGCAAUGACAGAAUUUCUAGAAUAUUUGAAAUAAUCUAGAUCAUUUCUUUAGUUGCCGAAGUUUGGUUUUUAUUCAGCCAUACUGGAUGUGGGUGAUUCCUCUUUUUUUCUUUGUAAAUCUGUGGAAAUAAGUGCUUAGGAACUUUUGAGCUUUUUUCCUUUUCAAGUCUUUGGUGACAACAGCCUGACAUCUUAAAGGCACUGUAUAUUUUUGCUGUUCCACACCAGCUGCUGUAUCUGGAGAAAAGGUUGAAGAAGACUGCAGCACGGUUGCCGUCAUACGGUUAAGCAUCAACACACUGGACAAGAUUUUUUGCACAGGAGUCUGCAGCCAAAAAUCAUGAAAGACAACGGUGGUGGAUACGAGAACCAGCUUUUCAAAGAGGAGGACCUCACUGGAGAAGAGGAGGAAGUUCCUUCAUUUUGGGGUCGAACUAGAGGUGGUUGUGUGAGAUGCCAGCAGAGCCAUUCUCUCCAGCUUGCCGUCAAAGUUCUCUAUGGAUUUGUUGCUUUCCUCAUCAUUACUGUUGCAGUGCUGGCAUCACUUGUUUUCAGGAAGGUGGACAACCUGUCCAGUGAGGAAUCAGUCUACCAAAAGAAGAUCAACAAGGCCCAGCAGGGAAUAGAUGAUUUGAGGUCCAUGCCAAACUGUUCAGGCUGCCUUGAUGUAACUCUGUACAGCAAAGAGAUCAGCAAACUGAAGAAAGAGUUUGAAGACAUCCAGAGAAUGAUACUGGGACAGGAGCAGGUCCUGGACCAGGCCUCCCAGACCCAGGGCACCCUGAAGUCCACCAGCAAUAGGCUGACGCGUGAGAGUCAAAACCACCUCAUGUCGAUCAAGCUUCUCAACCAAUCACUGCAAAGGUACCUGGAUCGUGUGGAGGGCUGGAAGGAUGUGAUUGAGGAAACAGAAGAGAAGAUGAAAACGUUGACAGAAGAUCAGUAUGACAUCAAAGCAACAGCACAGCAAGUUAACACAACAGUGGCACUCAGUACCAUGUGGAUAGAUGCCUUGCAGGAAGCAGAUGAAGAGACUCUUGUUCUCCAGAAGUUGACCAGUGUGCAGAACUACAGUCGAGUUCUUGUGUCAUUAAGUCAAACACGAGCAGCACCACAAAACCAUGCGCUUCCUCCAGAACAAUAUCGUAGCAGAUCACCAGAGAAUUGCCAUGAACUGAGUUGUACUAUGACCUACUCACGGUGAUGAAACCUGCAAAUGCAACUUGACAAUGAAUCUUUCAUGGAUGAACAUGAGGAGAAUAUGCAUGACCUUCACUACCAUUCCAGGUACUACGAGAACCGGACAGGUGAACGUUUCUCUGCCUUGGAUGGUCGUCUGAACUCCAUCAUGAUGGAGAUUGACACAAUCUCGUCCAGCAUUAAUGCCACUGUCAGUCACGUCCAGAGCAUGUACAAAUACAUCAACAUCGAGAGCUCGUCCUGCCAGAGUCGCCUGGGAAGACACACAGAGAUCUUGCAGAACCUGAAUAGCACAGUUGUGUUACUUCUCCGCUUAGCCGCAAUGAGGCAGCAGAACAUGUUACUGAAUGGCAGACUGGAUGUGGAUGUCAGGGAUUUGUCUAUGGUGAUGGAGGAGAUGAAGCUUGUAGAUGUUUUACAUACACAGCUCAUAAAGAACUUCACAAUAGUAAAAGGUGCUCCUGGACCACCUGGACCCAAAGGGAACCGAGGUGAGACUGGCCCAAAAGGACCUGUGGGAUUGAGUGGCAGUAAGGGGGACCGAGGCCCCAUAGGAAGCCGUGGAUCUGUUGGAGAGAAGGGUUCUCUUGGUUCCAAAGGAGCACCGGGUGAACCCGGCUCCAGUGGCAACAGAGGGGCAACAGGUAUCAAAGGAGCCAAAGGAUCCAUUGGUCCACCAGGUGCCAAGGGUGACAGGGGCCAGAAAGGUGAAACUGGCCCCUCUGGUAGUGAUGGCAGUCCAGGACCCACAGGGCCUCAAGGGAUACAGGGCCAGACAGGCCUACCAGGUAUCAUUGGGCCACCAGGGCCUAAAGGAAAACCUGGGCCAGUAGGGCCACCUGGACCACCAGGACUCCCUGGCCCUCCAACCUUGUUCAGCCAUGACUCGGUAUCCACCCAGCAGCAAACUGUGACACCUGCUGCCGGCUCCAAGAGACAGUAGAGAGAAAAAAGGUGAUUUGUCAAAGAAGCUGGAGAUUCGCAGUGAUUGGAGACAUACACUGUAUUGCCAAAAGUAUUCGCUCACCAGCCUUGACUCGCAUAUGAUAUAAGUGACAUCCCAUUCCUAAUCCAUUGGGUUCAAUAUGACGUCGGUCCACCCUUUGCAGCUAUAACAGCUUCAACUCUUCUGGGAAGGCUGUCCACAAGGUUUAGGAGUGUGUCUAUGGGAUUUGACCAUUCGUCCAAAAGUGCAUUUGUGAGGUCACACACUGAUGUUGGACCAGAAGGCCUGGCUCUCAGUCUCCGCUCUUAUUCAUCCCAAGGUGUUCUGUCAGGUUGAGGUCAGGACUCUGUGCAGGCCAGUCAAGUUCAUCCACACCAGACUCUGUCAUCCAUGUCUUUAUGGACCUUGCUUUGUGCACUGGUGCACAGUCUUGUUGGAAGGACGGGGCCAGCUCCAAACUCUUCCCACAAAGUUGGGAGCAUGGAAUUGUACAAAAUGCCUUGGUAUGCUGAAGCAUUCAGAGUUCCUUUCACUGGAAUAAGGGGCCAAGCCCAACUCCUGAAAAACAAGCCCACACCAUAAUCCCCCUCCACCAAACUUUACACUUGCCAACAAUGCAGUCCGACAAGUAUUGUUCUCCUGGCAACUGCCAAACCCAGACUGGUCCAUCAGAUUGCCAGAUGGAGAAGCACGAUUGGUCACUCCAGAGAACGCGUCUCCACUGCUCUAGAGUCCAGUGGCGGUGUGCCUUACACCACUGCAUCCGACGCUUUACAUUGGACUUGGUAAUGUAUGGCUUGUAUGCAGCUGCUCGGCCAUGGAAACCCAUUCCAUGAAGCUCUCUGUGCACUGUUCUUGAGCUAAUCUGAAGGCCACAUGAAGUUUGAAGGUCUGUAGUGAUUGACUCUGCAGAAAGUUGGCAACCUCUUGGCACUAUGCGCCUCAGCAUCUGCUGACCCUGCUCCUCAGUUUAUGUGGCCUAUCACUUGGUGGCUGAGUUGCUGUCGUUCCCGACACUUCCACUUUCUUAUAAUACAACUGACAGUUGACCGUGGAAUAUUUAGGAGCGAGGAAAAGUCAUGACUGGAUUUGUUGCACAGGUGGCAUCCUAUCACAGUUCCACACUGGAAUUCACUGAGCUCCUGAGAGCGACCCAUUCUUUGACAAAUAUUUGUAAAAACAGUCUGCAUGCCUAGGUGCUUGAUUUUAUACACCUGUGGCCAUGAAAGUGAUUGGAACACCUGAUUCUGAUUUUUUGGAUGGGUGAGCAAAUACUUUUGGCAAUAUAGUGUAAUUAUACAUUUCUAUGACAUUGGCAAGACUUUAAUGAACAAUUGCCACAAAUUAAUUCCAACAUGGAGGUUGAAAGGAGGCAUUCCCCAGAUGAAAAGACAUGGCCACGUAAAAUAAAAUGAAAUGGAAGGCCUAAAAAAAGAAAACAGUAAUCCUCCCACAGGCUCAAACUGCUGUUAAGAAAGGAAAUAAAGGCUGAAAAUGCACUGUUUUGGACAGACUUUGAAUUUUGUAUGGUGGUGGUCUUCGUACAACUCAUAGGAUGUUGUUUUACAUCAAGAUACAGUAAGCAUGCUUAUCCAUAAACUGAUUUACUAAUGUACAAUACAAGUACUGUACAGACCAGAAAAAUGCCGAUAAUAUAAAAUAAAAAAAAGAAAGUUCUGCUCAGUUGAAUGUAUUAUAAGCAAAGAAUGUGUUUGAGGUUAUUGUCAAGCCACCAAAACCUCUUGGGACAUAAUAAAUAGGAGGUUUGUCAACCACGAAUUUGGGCUGUAGUACUGGUGUUUUCUAUCCAGACUAUUCAAACUUUUAUAUUCCCAUGUAGUGGAAAAUAUCAUGUUUUGCAUUAAGUACACAUUACUGAUUAUCCUUUCAGAAUGGAUUGCAUUUGUUUUUUUGUAAAGUGUAAAUUUAAAAAUCAGUUUGCUUAACUUUGGUGCUUCAGAGCAGGUACUCUGAAGACCUUUACAUUUACUGGGUCUGUGGUAUAUGGUUUUGAAGAGGUAAAGUUGCAGAUUUUUCUUAGUCUUAACUUUGUCAUACAUUAUAUAUAAAUGUUCUUUUGUUGUUACUGCUGUUGGUCAAGAAAAAUAAAAUUGAAAGUAAUAACAUCCUGUUCACAUGUGAAAAUAUAAUGGGAGUUCAUUCACUUGCCUGA